CGUUACGUCAUCCGACGGCACGGGAACUGCACGAUACCAAACAAUUCCUUCCUUCGCCUGCUUGAGCCCUGAUUGACAGUAAUGGCGACUUCAGUUUUACUCUAACGAAACAUUCCACCAAAACAAUACUUUCUAAUGGUGUUUCCAGUUCACCGACAAUAAAUCUUCAAACAAGGAAUCCUAUGUAUCUCUAAAGUAAGUAAUUUUUCGAAAGGCGUGGGAUGCUGAAGUUGUGGCGGUAGCUAGAAUAUUUUGGAAAGCAUGAACAAAGGUCUCCCUUUUCGUGGCGAUGUGGCUACUCGGUGACAAGCUCUGAUGGUAUUUUUUAUAUAUAUAUUGGGAUUUAAACAACAACAUCUGCAAUACUGAGACUACCUGGCUUGAAUGAAGAAAUAAGCAUAGAUUAAUUAUUGCCAGAUAUGGUAAUCGGGAGCUAGCUGGCAUAGUUUGUUAGCUAGCCUGUAGCCUUAACACCCCCAUCUUGAGAUCGACCCCCCAUUGUUGUAGGCGUUCUCAUGGAAAGCACACCGACGAAGCUGGAAAACGCGUCACAAGAAGUUGGAUCCAUCUGUUGAGUCUUUCUCUUGUGUUUCAUCAAACUUCAGCCCUGCAGUAGAUUAAGAAACUUGUCGGAUCCAGUUAUUUUUCCAGAUCCAGCACGCUGACAGAAGGACACAUUUCCAUCUUGCAAAUCCCAGACGUUUGAUGUGAAAAACAGCAGGACUUGUUAGCUUGUGAUGUUACGUUAGCUAUCAUAGCUUUGUCCCCAGGCUGACCAGUUAAUGCUAGUUACCAAGCUAUCGUUGUUUUGUUUAGCCAGGUAAUUUAAACUCUGGUGAACGGGACAACAUAGUGUGCUCAUCUUUGCUUAGUUCGUUUGUCAGCACGCUCGCAACUUUAGGACAACUUUCUGCUGUGACAACUGCUUGUCGACUUUCGAUAAUUUAACCUGGGGCAGUUUGUUUAACCACCGGAGUGAGGUGUAAGUUACCUAGCUAGUGAAUAUUCACAUGGUCUUCUACUAAUCAUAUCCUAUACUUGUAUAAGGUUACCAGUAGUAAUCUUGAACAUACUGUAUCCUCACAGAAUUCCUGUGGUUAACGUUACGGUCAGAGAAGAAUAGCUGGCUAGCUUGCUGGUUUUGUUGAUACAUUUUGGUAUUUUUCACUAUGCUUCUUUAUGAACUAAAAUACUGGCCCAUUUCCGUAACUUUGCCAAUUCUUCGUAGGUUAAGCUAGCUAGCUAUCAUACCGUGUUGUUGUGAGCUAAUUGUCAUCACUAAAUGUUUCAGGACUGAGGUUAGAAACGGCUGGGCUGGCUAGCUAUCAUAGCUAGCUGUCUACUUUAACAAAAGCUAUUGAGGCUUUGCCUGUCUGCUACUGAACGAAUGCAAUAGGUUUGUCUUCAGUCCAGGAUUGAUUCAACCCAGCAAGUUUGUCAGUAAGUUUUUUUUGGUAUUUUUGUUACUGCGAUAUUUGUAGCUAAAUGACGACCGGAAGGAAUAACCGAAUCAUGAUGGAAGGAGUGGGGGCAAGGGUUGUCCGUGGACCGGACUGGAAAUGGGGAAAACAGGACGGUGGAGAAGGACAUGUUGGAACAGUGAGAAGUUUUGAAAGUCCUGAGGAAGUGGUGGUAGUUUGGGAUAACGGGACUGCUGCCAAUUAUCGCUGCUCUGGAGCUUACGACGUGAGGAUAUUGGACAGCGCACCCACAGGUAUUAAGCAUGAUGGCACCAUGUGUGACACCUGCCGUCAGCAGCCCAUCAUUGGCAUCCGCUGGAAGUGUGCUGAGUGCACCAACUAUGACCUCUGCACCACGUGUUACCAUGGAGACAAGCACCACCUGCGACACAGGUUCUACAGAAUCACCACACCGGGAAGCGAGAGGGUCCUCCUGGAAUCUCGGCGCAAGUCCAAGAAAAUCACAGCCAGGGGUAUCUUCACCGGAGGCCGUGUGGUGCGCGGCGUGGACUGGCAGUGGGAGGACCAGGAUGGUGGCAAUGGCCGAAGGGGGAAGGUUACCGAGAUCCAAGACUGGAGUGCAGCCAGCCCUCACAGUGCGGCGUACGUCCUGUGGGACAAUGGAGCCAAGAACCUCUACAGAGUUGGCUUUGAGGGCAUGUCGGAUUUGAAAUGUGUCCAAGAUGCCAAAGGGGGCACUUUCUACAGAGACCACUGCCCAGUAUUGGGUGAGCAGAAUGGCAGCAGGAAUCCUGGGGGUCUGCAGAUCGGAGACCUGGUUAACAUCGACCUUGACCUGGAGAUCGUGCAGUCCCUGCAGCACGGGCACGGAGGCUGGACCGACGGCAUGUUUGAGACGCUCACCACCACCGGCACCGUCUGUGGGAUCGACGAAGACCACGACAUUGUGGUCCAGUACCCCAGUGGGAAUAGGUGGACGUUCAACCCGGCGGUGCUGACGAAGGCCAACGUGGUGCGCAGCGGCGACGUGGCGGCAGGGGCCGAGGGCGGCGCCUCCCAGUUCGUGGUGGGUGACCUGGUGCAGAUCUGCUACGACAUCGACCGCAUCAAGCUGCUGCAGAGAGGCCACGGCGAGUGGGCAGAGGCCAUGCUCCCGACGCUGGGAAAGGUGGGACGUGUGCAGCAGAUCUACUCGGACAGCGAUCUGAAGGUGGAGGUGUGCGGCACCUCGUGGACGUACAACCCAGCCGCCGUCACCAAAGUGGCUCCCUCCGGCUCGGCCGUCACCAACGCCUCUGGAGAGCGUCUAUCUCAGCUGCUGAAGAAGCUCUUUGAGACCCAGGAGUCGGGUGACAUCAACGAGGAGUUGGUGAAGGCCGCCGCCAACGGUGACCUGGCCAAAGUGGAGGACAUCAUGAAGAGACCUGACGUGGACGUGAACGGGCAGUGUGCGGGCCACACGGCGAUGCAGGCAGCCAGUCAGAACGGCCACGUGGAUGUCCUCAAACUGCUUCUCAAAUACAGCGUCGACCUGGAGGCCGAGGACAAGGACGGGGACCGGGCCGUGCACCACGCGUCGUUCGGGGACGAGGGCUCGGUCAUCGAGGUGCUGCAGCGGGGCGGCGCCGACCUCAACGCCAGGAACAAGCGCCGGCAGACGCCGCUGCACAUCGCCGUCAACAAGGGCCACCUGCAGGUGGUGAAGACACUGCUGGACUUGGGCUGCCACCCCAGCCUCCAGGACUCUGAGGGUGACACACCCCUGCACGACGCCAUCAGCAAGAAGCGUGAUGACAUGCUGUCCGUGCUGCUGGAGGCCGGCGCUGACGUCACCAUCACCAACAACAAUGGCUUCAACGCCCUGCACCACGCUGCCCUGCGAGGGAACCCCAGUGCCAUGCGUGUUCUCCUGUCCAAACUCCCAAGGCCCUGGAUUGUGGAUGAGAAGAAGGAUGACGGCUACACGGCUCUCCACCUGGCCGCGCUCAACAACCACGUGGAGGUGGCCGAACUCCUCGUGCACCAGGGAAGUGCCAGCCUGGACGUCCAGAAUGUCAACCAGCAGACCGCGCUGCACCUCGCCGUGGAGCGCCAACACACCCAGAUCGUUCGGCUGCUGGUGCGGGCGGAAGCCAAGCUGGACGUGCAGGAUAAGGAUGGAGACACGCCGCUGCACGAAGCCCUGCGCCACCACACGCUCUCCCAGCUGCGGCAGCUGCAGGACAUGCAGGACGUCAGCAAAGUGGAGCCGUGGGAGCCCUCCAAGAACACGUUGAUCAUGGGCCUGGGCACCCAGGGGGCUGAGAAGAAGAGUGCUGCCUCCAUCGCCUGCUUCCUGGCGGCCAACGGUGCUGACCUCACCAUCCGCAACAAGAAGGGCCAGUCACCCCUGGACCUCUGCCCAGACCCCAGCCUGUGCAAGGCCCUGGCCAAAUGCCACAAGGAGAAAUCCAGUGGGCAGGUUGGCUCUCGUAGCCCGUCUCUGAACAGUAACAGCGAGACGCUGGAGGAGUGUAUGGUGUGCUCGGACAUGAAAAGGGACACCCUGUUUGGACCCUGCGGCCACAUCGCCACCUGCUCCCUCUGCUCGCCCCGCGUCAAGAAGUGUCUCAUCUGCAAGGACACGGUGCAGUCCAGAACUAAGAUCGAGGAGUGCGUGGUGUGCUCUGAUAAGAAGGCAGCCGUGCUCUUCCAGCCCUGUGGACACAUGUGCGCCUGUGAGAACUGUGCCAUUCUCAUGAAGAAGUGUGUGCAGUGUCGCACAGUGGUGGAUACGCGCACUCCUUUCGUCAUGUGCUGCGGAGGGAAAGGUAUGGAGGACACCACUGAUGAUGAGGAAGGGGUCCUUAGUGCCUUGAGUGAAAGAGCAGAGCCAUGCUCCCUACCCCAAACUCUACCAACCGCCCACAGAGCAGGCGCCAAUAACUCAGUGGCAGGGGGGUCCCAGGAACUUGUCCAGCCCAACAAUCUGGCGAUAAGUUGGUCCGCAAACAACAUCCCAGCUCUUAAUAGGGACAAGGACAACACCAACGUCAACGCCGACGUGCAGAAGCUGCAGCAGCAGUUGCAGGACAUCAAAGAGCAGACCAUGUGUCCGGUGUGUCUGGACCGGCUGAAGAACAUGAUCUUCAUGUGCGGCCACGGCACCUGCCAGCUGUGCGGAGACCGCAUGAGCGAGUGUCCCAUCUGUCGCAAGGGCAUCGAGCGCCGCAUACUGCUCUAUUAGAGCCCCAGGCUUUGUUUUCGGGCCUCCUCAACUUCACCGCUCCUCAACCAGCCAGCCAGCCAGCCACUUUUCUCAUGAACACAGCGAGCGCUCCUGUGUCUGCAAGACUCUCCACGUCUCUCGCUAAGCUGUCAGUCAUCAGUGUUAAGGUGUAGACUUGUCCUGCAAAGCAAUCCUGGUUUGUCUACUUUGGCAAAAAAAAAAAACAACCAGCAAAAAAAAAAAAUGUAAAUAAAUGCCUCAUCCUUGUCUGUGCAUCUCAGCUGAACACUUGUCUUCAGCAUUAAAGGUUCUCAGAUGGCCCCUGCUGCCCCCAAACGUCUGCUGAUCUCUUGUCACCCAAGGUUGGUCACCAUGGAUACUCCAUGGAUUGUUGAGACUGUAAACACCAGGUGGCAAAUUCUGUUGUGUACAGAAAGGGGUUCCACUGAGUCCUUCGCAGUGUGUGCCUCUGACCUCAGACUUCUAAAUGUCACUGCAUAUGUGAGCAUGCAGUCGUCGUCCCAUCCCCUUCCACCCCCACAUCGCUACAAAGCUCUGUGUUCGCCUCCUGCUACCUGUUCUUUUUCUUCAAUAAUGUAAUCUGAUGCAAGCCUAGCUGUAGAGGACGCUGCCCCUUUGUGGAUCUCCCAACUUUCGGGGUCCGUAUAGCAGAACUCUGGCUCCACACGCAGCACACAGUCAUGCCAGUUGCUUAUUUGUCGUAAAACCGCCUAAGGCCUUUCGGAGGCCAAUUUGAGCCCGCUAGUGUUCUCCUAGUCACAUUUCAAAGUUUUUUUUUUUUUGUCCCUUCCUUGAAUGGACGUGCUCUGAGACAAAGUCCAUCAGGCUGCUUGGGUCCUGUAGUGAAACCCCCAAAGUCGAGGCAAAUCGGUCCUUGCCGUGAUCACGUUAGGCGGUGCAAGCUCAACCCACAUGCUCUGUGGAGGUGCACAGAGGCUACAGUGGGCCCCAACACUUCUCACAUGAAUGACACACGAGCCUCGAGUAUUACUGUAACAUCACAUUACCCCCCCCCCCCCCCCCCCCCGCCACUGAUGGAAAUUGUGCUGUUACACAGUGUUUUCAUUGUUGUCUAAGGCUUGUAACUGGAUUGUUUUGGUAAGGCAUGUAUUCUCACCCCCUGCCAUCACGUUACAAGCUUAGGGACAAUGAGGCUAUGAAGCUUUUUUUUUUUUUUUCUAAAUGUUUGCUAAUGACCAUAGAGGAUUCUGUGCCAUUGCUUCCAAAAAGAACACUACGACAUCCUUAGGGAUAGGGUGCUGUUUACCUGUUUUUAAAAAAAAUACCAUUUUAUUUUAUUGUAUCAUGAAAAAAAACGGUGAAAAUGAGCUAGAGAGUACAAUCUAAUAUAAAGCCAAGACUUCAAAGCCUCUACUUUAGUAGUGUUAGAAUAAAUUAUUUUAUAUUGUUACCAAGAUAUAGAAUGAGGGAUGUUUCAGAUUGUCUAAAGGGGUAGCAUUUUUUCUCUCCAAAGCUGUCAGCCUCAAUGGGAAAAAAAAGAAAAAUUAUGAAAGGAAAAAAAAGAUGGAAAUUUGAUUGACAUCAAACUUUUUUUUUUGGUUUUAGUUCUGUAGUAUUUUCUAGACUAUAUUCAGCCUAAUACAAGUCAAACCGAACUAAUUACUGUCUCCAGUCACAUGUCCUGUUUUUCAACCAUUGUGAGGAGAAAAGAGGACGCCAAUGAGUUGGCUUGAGUGUGUGCAGGUGUUUGGUCAGUCCAGUGUCUGAGGGCAGGGUUGCAGAGCUGGCUGCCUCUUGCAAAUCAGAUGGUCUUGGUGAUGCGUUUCAUCGCCAUCUUGCCUGCCAGUGCAAAGGUCCUUUUGGGGGAAAAAAAGAUUUAUGAAAAAGUAGCUUCAUACUUUGCCUUUUUAACCAAUUUUUUAUCAUUUUUCAACUAUCAUAUUGACAUUUGAAGCUAGAUGCACUAACGUACUUUAAUGGUAGUAUUGUACCGUGUUACAGUAAAGGCCUAUUUUAUACCUUAUUUCUGUUUGUAACACUCUCCUGGUUUCAAAAAUUUCACUACUCUCAUAUUUGGCAUGAAUGUUUUUGUUGUAUGCGGUUUAGCCUGUAUCAUUAAAAUGCCGUCACUCUGUAUUGUUAAGUGCUUUUAAAUGAAAAUAAAUGCAUCGCUGAAUAAAGGUCUAAAGAAA